GGCUCCACAGAAGAUUAGAGUUAAAGAGGACCAACUAUUUCAUCUUCCUCCCUCUCUCCCGCAAAGCCCUAUUCAGUUUGAUGCGAGCUCGCCCACCGACAGAAAAUCAAUCAUCCCGACUCCAUCAAGGUGAACAAAGCAGUAGGAGUAAUGGCCACACAGACGGUGAUGCCUCUGGCACUGGGGCCAACUUUUUCGGUUCUUCCGAAAGUCAGUUUGAGACCCAAAUACAGACCCGUUUUCUUCAACCCGAUUAAUUCAUCCGCUCGUACUGAAUCUGUGUCCGGAAUCCCAAAAGAAAUCAUUCGCAGCCAGAACAAAACCGUUGUAUCUCUGAUUGGAGCUGGUUUGGCUCUGACAUUAGUGGGGAGUCCUGCUUUUGCCGGUGAAGUACCUUGGAUUCAACUGAGCGAGCCUUCCAACGCCUUAUCUUUACCCACUUGGGCCAUCCAUAUAUCCAGCGUCGUUGAAUGGAUUACGGCAAUGACAUUGGUGUGGCAAUAUGGGGAUAAGUCUGGAAAUGAAACAUGGAAAGGGCUUUCUUGGGGCAUGGUACCCCUGCUUGGCGGAGCUCUCUGUGCUUGCACAUGGCAUUUCUUUUACAACAGCGAAGCUCUUGAGGUAUUGGUAGCACUUCAAGCUGCAUUGACAGUUAUAGGCAACGCUACCUUGUGUUUGGCUGCAUUCCGUAUAUACGGUUCAUCGAAACAGGAGCAGUCCGAGAAAUUGUAAUGAUUCCUCAUUCGCCCCAUAUUCUUGAUACAUCAAUGAUAUGAUUUAUUGGAUGAAGCUGUUUACUGUCAUAGAUAUUGAAGUCUUCAAUGAAAACAUAGAUGUUGUUUGUUGAACAUGAGUGAAAUCAAACCACCAUCAUCAUCAUCAUCUUCAUAAUAAUAAUAAGAAGAAAAAGACUUUUUCUGUUUGAAA